AUGUUGCUCCGGGGUAUGGCGCAUGCCAUUGCUGAGUCAAGCAAACAAGCCGCCUCGAGACAUACAUAUGAGCCUCUUUUCGCCGUUGGGCUUCGCCGCGAUGCCGCGAUUCGCGCACAUUCGACCACCGCUAAGGAUCCACGGUCAAGAGCCCCAUCAACCCAUCCUAAAUCACCGCUCACGCAGGACCAAGUUCGAUCUUUGAGGAAAGAUGAGAGGACUACGUCAAAGAUACCCAUAGUGGACGCCGCUGCUGUCAACUCAACACCCACCUCCUCGUCCCUAUUGCAACGUUACCUUCCCAGAUUACACGAUCUGUCCCAACGGACCGGUACACCACUACCCUCAUUAGCCAUCUCAUUUUUGAUCCUACAUGAACUGACGGCCAUCUUACCGCUCUUCCUAUUUUGGUGGAUCUUUCAAGCUCUCGGUCUAGGAGCAGGCAUAGUAGGCUGGCUAGCGUCGGUGUCACAAGGGCAAAGACCGUCAGGGGUGGAGGGCAAGCAAGGGGGAGGAGAUCCUACGUGGGAUUGGAGGAAGACGGUGGAGAAGUGGAUGGAAGAAGGUUCAAAGAGGGUAGAGAAAGUCGGAAAGCGAUACGGUAUACUGGGGUACAGUAAGACGUCGAAAGAGACGUCAAAGGAGGACUCGAAGGACCCUACACCUAUGCCUGAAGACUUAUCAGUGGUAUUGGAUGCAGGAUCUCCUAUGGUCGCAGAGAAAGUGGCCAGCGCUAUCGCUGCAUAUGUCGCUGUCAAGGCCCUCUUGCCACUCCGUAUCGCCGCUUCGAUAGGACUCGCCCCUGCCUUUGCGAGAUUCGCUUUGAACCCUAUCCAGAGGCUGGUACAACGCGUCAGGGGAACAACAAGAUGA